GAAAUAUUCUGUAAAAGACAAGUUUGGAUAAGUUUAGAUAUUGUGGUUUGACUCCCAAUGUUAUUUUUUAUGCUAGUGUAAACAAAACCGCAAAAUUAGUGUCAUUGUUUAUUUUGGUUUAUUUAUAAGCAAAUUUAAGUAAACAUCGUUUAUGAAAUGUGCACUCUUUCAUAACGAAAUAUUACAACGAAGUAUAAAAAUACACUUUCUAACAUAAUCUAUGUUCAAGCCCGCUUAUGUUAUGUCAUUUAUCUCACGAAAGAUGAUCUCUAAUGUAUUGAGCGUAAUUGUGGGUACCUGUAGUUUUGUGUAUACUUGUUACAUCUUGUGCAGGCUAACUUAUUUCCUGUCAAGUCAUGGCGAUAACGAAAAUUCAUAUACAGCGUCAGAUGACAAUGCAUCCGAAUCUACCUUAUGGUUUCUUCUAAUAGAUAUGUUGCUCAUUACAAUCUUUUCUUUCCAACAUUCUCUUAUGGCAAAUGAAUUUGUUAAGCAUACUUUCUGUAGACUGCAUAUUGACCAUCUUAGCAGGAGUAUUUACAAUGCCUGCAGCUCGGCGAGUCUUCAUUUCUUGAUCAACAAUUGGCAGUGUAUCUCAGAUACAACACUCUGGAAGUUUGAGACUUCCAAUGAUGUGGUCUGGACAAUAUUUUCUGGCUUCCAUGUGUUUGCUUGGAGCAUUAUUUAUAGUGGUUGUAUCAUGAUGGAUAUCGCUGAGCUUUGUGGUCUCAAGCAAAUAUGGUACAAAGUAUCCAAAAUAAACAGCCCAUUGGAUAAAAAAUCCAGAGAGCUACGCAGAUAUAUGAAACACAUGAGGCAUCCAAGUUUUACUGGAUUCCUUGCAAUUUUGUGGAUUUAUCCUAUUAUGAGUGUGGAUCGAGUGUUAUUGGCCACCAUAUUGACAGUGUAUAUGGCAUUGUUAUGGACAAUAGAUUCCGAGGAUUAUAAUUAUCACGUCAGAUAUUUUAGACAAAAACAAAUAGAAUUGUCAUAAUUACAUUUGUCAUUUUACUCCAUCUAGAUUUCUUGUGUCUAACAUUUUUUUUUUUCUCAUUGAUUUCGUAUGUGUGUAUAUAUAUAACAGAUUAAUAUAAAUUAAUGAAUAUUAAAAACAUACGUACCUACAUAA